UUGGCCGCGCGCCCCGCCCCCCGGAGGCCGGCCUCUCAGCGGGCCCCCACUGCUCUCUGCGCCUGCGGGGCGUGUGGGCUCUGGCCCGGGGGCCCCCACCCGGGCCCAGCCAACCCCACGGCCGGUGCCUGUACUGGAGGGAAGAGCCUCCUUGAGGAGGAGGGAAAGGGACGUGAGGGCGGACACGGCAGGGUUAACCUCCAUUUCAGCUAAUCAUGGGAGAGAUUAAAGUCUCUCCUGAUUAUAACUGGUUUAGAAGUACAGUUCCCCUUAAAAAGAUUAUCGUGGAUGAUGACGACAGUAAGAUAUGGUCGCUCUAUGAUGCAGGCCCCAGAAAUAUCAGGUGUCCUCUCAUAUUUCUGCCCCCCGUCAGUGGAACCGCAGAUGUGUUUUUCCGGCAGAUUUUGGCUUUGACUGGAUGGGGUUACCGGGUUAUAGCUUUGCAGUAUCCAGUUUAUUGGGACCAUCUUGAAUUCUGUGAUGGAUUCAGAAAGCUUUUAGACCAUUUACAAUUGGAUAAAGUUCAUCUUUUUGGGGCUUCUUUGGGAGGCUUUCUGGCCCAGAAAUUUGCCGAAUAUACUCACAAAUCUCCCAGAGUCCAUUCCCUCAUCCUCUGCAAUUCCUUCAGUGACACCUCUAUCUUUAACCAAACUUGGACUGCAAACAGCUUUUGGCUGAUGCCAUCAUUUAUGCUCAAAAAAAUAGUUCUUGGCAACUUUUCAUCUGGCCCAGUGGACCCUAUGAUGGCUGAUGCCAUUGAUUUCAUGGUGGACAGGCUGGAAAGUUUGGGACAGAGUGAACUGGCUUCAAGACUUACCCUGAAUUGUCAAAAUUCAUAUGUGGAACCUCAUAAAAUUCGAGACAUCCCUGUAACCAUUAUGGAUGUGUUUGACCAGAGUGCACUUUCAACCGAAGCUAAAGAAGAAAUGUACAAACUGUAUCCUAAUGCCAGGAGGGCUCACCUUAAAACAGGAGGCAAUUUCCCAUACCUGUGCAGAAGUGCAGAGGUGAAUCUUUAUGUACAGAUACAUUUGCUACAAUUCCAUGGAACCAAAUAUGCGGCCAUUGACCCAUCGAUGGUCAGUGCCGAGGAACUCGAGGUGCAGAAAGGCAACCUCAGCAUCAGUCAGGAGGAGCAAUAGCUGCGGCUUCGGCUGUUCAUGAUGGGCUAUGCAGCGUGUUCUUGUACAAUCAGUGACGUCAGCGCCCGCCAGCCAGCCUCUCUGUUGGGUUUGUCAGGUUCACCGGUUAUCACUGUGUUUGGAAACAGGACUGAUUGUCAUCUUCGUGACAGGCAGCAGCUCUUCUAAGCCAGUGUAACUGUUCCCUCUUCAGUUUUUUUAGCUUUUGAAGUUAAAGAAGUACUUUUGAAGACUCCCAUUUUAAGAAUUGUGAAAAUUUUGCUACCAGAAGUCUUCACCACUGUGUUCUUAAGUGAAUGUUAAUUUCUGAGGUUUGGGAUUUUGUGGGGUUUUUUUCCUUUUCUUUCCUCUCUUCCUUUCUUUCUUUUUAUGUUAUUUGCUGUAAAUGCUGCACAUCCAGAUUGUGUAUCAGAAGGACAUUGGUUAUUGUUCUGCUUUCUUGGUUAUAACCAUUAUCAGAGUGCCAAGGCUGUCACCCCACCGUUUGCUCUCCUGAAAAUCAACUACUUCUAAUUUCCAGUUAAGCAAAUCGUUUUCAGUUUUAGCUGUUGUCUUUCUAGCCAUUACAGUCAUUUGGAAUAAAAAUUCAAUUUCAGUGA